UUCAAAUAGACCCCUCCAUGUGACUGUAUUUGACUCCAUUCGGCGCCGUAAUUUAUUGUCUCCAUGGCAAUUUUCUUCACAUUCGGCGCCGUUCUUUCCUCUCCAUUGUCUUCGCAUUUUCACUCCCACAAAUACUCAAAUAAUACUCUUCUGUUACUCUUCCGGAUGGUUUGUUUACUGAGCCAUUGUCGGCGGCAGCUGGAUGGACGGAGUGAUUAGAGACGGCGUAGGAGAGCGGUGCUACCAAUAUGUGGACGGCGGCGGCUGUGGACAGAGGGUGUCAAGAGAUCCAAAGCCGAGACUGAGAUGGACGGCUGAUCUUCAUGAUCGCUUUGUAGAUGCCGUUACCAAGCUUGGUGGACCUGACAAAGCUACUCCAAAAUCAGUAUUAGGAUUGAUGGGGUUGAAAGGGCUGACUCUGUACCAUCUCAAGAGUCAUCUCCAAAAGUACAGGAUUUGUCAGCAGCAGGUUCAGAAACCUAAUGCAGCACAACAAAACAAGGAGAAAAAUGAUACUUGUAGCCAUUCCAAUGUCAGCAUCCAUGCCUCAGGCACAAGGAUAAACCAUAUGCAAGGAGAAAUCCCAUUUGCAGAUCCAGCAAGAUAUCAGAAUGAAGUCCAGAGCAGGGUUGAAGAGCAGGUUGAGGUUGGAAUUGAUUAUGUUGCUCUUUUUGUUAUUGAUAGGAAGGCCUUCCAAAUCUGCUCAUCAUAAACAGGUGGUACAAAAGAAAUUGAAAAUGAGGUUAGAGGCACAAAGGAAGUACAUGGAAGCAAUACUAGAGAAAGCAAAGAAGAGUCUAUCGGUAGUCACGAUCAAUUCCCCAAGCAGUGUACAGGAAACCAAAGCUCUUCGGCCUAACGGGUUCAGCUCCUCCGAUAAUCUCAUGGAAAACGUUAAUGGAGAAACCAAAGUUAAAUGCACCUUGAAAGACAUCCAUGGCAACUUACCAAGCUUCACUUCCUUGAGGGAACUGAGUAAGGUGAAAAGAGAGAUGUGAACAUUUAUCUCUUUGGAGUUUCGAUGAAUUUGGAUUUAGAAGCUUUUUGAUAGCAUGAUUCGGAUUUUUAUACUUAUUUGGCUGAAAUGAUUUUAACAAGCACUUUUUUAUGAAACUUUGUAAAAUCAUCUUUGAAAUCAUCUGUUAUUUUCCAAAUAACACUUGCUAAAACUGGCCUGAAGUAGCGGAAGUUCUCAAUAUUUUGUGGUGGAAAUGGAAGCCUG